CUAGGACGUGGCAAUUGGCUUAUCAUUGGAAGCUGCUUCUAUGCUUCUUCUUAUAGAAGCAGAAGAGUUACCUAAUUACAUGGCACAGGGACCCAAACUUGUUCUGAAAGUGAUAGUUAGUAAUGAAAAUAUACAAUGAGAAAAGUUGAGGCGCUGUGAAAAUGCUCAACUAAAUUUGGCAUGGGAUGGGGACCAUGGUAUUGAAAACAACUUAUCAAAAAAAAGCAGAUAUGAAGAAAUCUCACAUUUCAUUUUGUUACUUUCUUCAGAGUUGUUGAAAGAGAUGGGGAGGACAGGGAAAUGGCUUAGGAACUUGUUGACAGGGAAGAGAUCAGACAGAGAGAAAGAGAAGGAAAAAUGUGGUACCAACAUGUGUUUGUUGAGUGGCACAAGCACACCAGUUUCAACAACAACAACAACCACCAAGGAGAAAAGAAGGUGGAGUUUCAGGAGAUCAUCAGCUUCUAGGGAACUCAAUCUUGCAGAAUUUGGUGUCACUGCUUCUUCAGUCACAGUGCAAAAUGAUCAAAAUGCUGAGAAUGAUCAAAGGAAGCAUGAUCCUGAUUCCAAUGGAUUGUCAACAAGAUGUGUUGAAGAGGCUGCAGCCAUUAAAAUUCAAUCGGUGUUUCGGUCCUACUUGGCAAGAAAGGCACUGUAUGCUCUUAGAGGACUAGUGAAGUUGCAGGCACUAGUGAGGGGUCACUUGGUGAGAAAACAGGCCAGGGAGACACUGAGAUGCAUGCAGGCUUUAGUCAUAGCACAAUCCAGGGCUCGUGCUCAGAGGGCGCGAAUGGUGUCAGACGGAAAACUUGAUCAAAAGCUAUCACCCAACAGAAUAACCACAGAGGAAAACUUCUCCAUGCAUAUGUAUAAUGAAAUGCACAAUGGUUUGGAGGAGAAUGCCAAGAUUGUGGAGAUGGCUGUUUGUGAAUCCAAAGGUAACUCAAGAGGCAGAAACAGCUCUGUGAAUCGCGAACCUUCUGAUCAUAGAUUUUCUGCAUAUUAUUCAUCAAACGGUUCAUACUCAAAGGAGGAAAACUACAAUGCAUCACCUGCACCAUCAACACUGACAGAAUUGAGUCCAAGAGCAUGCAGUGGUCAUUUUGAGGAGUGUUCCUUCAGCACAGCACAAAGUAGUCCCUAUUACUACUCAGAAGUGUCAGGAGUGGAUAAUACAAUUACAAAGGUUCCUUUUGCAUUCCCUAUACCAGCAUACACAGAACCCAUGUCCUAUGACUACCCUUUAUUUCCAAACUACAUGGCCAACACAAAAUCAUCAAGGGCCAAAGCCAGAUCACAGAGUGCACCAAAGUCAAGGCCGGAUUCGUACGAGAGGCAACCGAGCCGACGAAGAGCUUCAAUUGAAGGAAGAAAUGUCCCAAAGCCAGUGAGGAUGCAGAGGUCAUCUUCACAUGUUGGUGUCACUGCCCAAAACUACCAAUAUCCAUGCUCAAUAAAGCUUGACAGGUCCAUAGUCAGUGAGUGUGGCUCCACAAGUACAGUUCUCACAAACACAAACUCUAAUUACUGCACAUGAUCCAUGAACCUCUUGGAUUUUCCACUACAACAAAGGGUACCCGUUUUGCAGCAAGUCAAAAAAUUCAGAGUUACUUCACUUUUUUAGACUUCAAAACAUAUAACAAACUCUGCAUUUACAUAUUCAGAGUCUUAGCUUGCAAGGGAUUUUAAUUGAAGUCCAAAACUAGAAGUGAUUUCUUAUUGUAUUUAUUGUCUUGUGGACUACACUAUGAGAAAACAGUUUAACGGUUUUAUCAAUGUGUAUAAUUUUUACAGAGGGAUAUUUCCUAACAGCAAUUAUUAUAUUACAAAGA